UCUGCGUUACUUCUGGAGGCGGGGCGAGGAGUGGAAGCGGUGUGAUGUCACGUCCGGGUCUGGCUCGCUGCGUCUUAUCGUUGGGUCCCGCGACAAGAUGGCUGACUUGUCUCUGGACGAGCUGAUACGGAAGCGCGGUGUAACCAUGAAAGGGAGGCUUAACACAAGGCCAGUGUAUGGAGGUGUAAGAUCUCGCAUUGGGAUCCAACAAAAUCUUUUAAACAGACCAUCCCCAGCUGUCGGCUUCCAGCGGACAUUUGAUGCCCGACAGAAGAUAGGUCUCACAGAUGCUCGACACAAACUGGGGGUUAAAGAUGCCCGUGAAAAACUGGUUCAAAAGGAUGCUCGGUUUAAAAUCAAAGGGAAGGUGCAGGAUGCUCGAGAAAUGUUGAAUUCCCGAAAACAGCAAAAUGUUGCUACUGAAAAGGUGACCAAAGUGGUGGAUGCCAGAGAGAAGAUCACCUUAAAACGGAGCACUCCAGCUGCUAUCAGCCCAACUAUGGGAACAGCGAAUCCAGCCGUGAAAAUCACCAAAACUAUCCAACAGAAGGCUCCAGUUCCUGUACACUCUCAUCCAGCAGGAAUGAGGAUCAAUGUGGUGAACAACCAUACACACAAACAGGGUCUCUAUGACAUGGAAGAAGAUGAUGAAACUGUCUCUCCCCUUGCUAGCAAACAGAUGAAAAUCACCACAACAAACAGUUUCCUGCACAACACGACUGGGCUGAGUGGCAAUAAAUUCUCUCUGUCCAAGACUGUUCCCCUGACUAAAGUGGUCCAGAAUGAUACAUAUACAGCUCUGCCUGCACCUCCCUCUCCUAUGCGAACAAAGGCAUUGGCAAACAUGUCCCGGACCUUGGUGACAAAAGAAGAGCCUCCAAAAGAACCAGCACCCAUUGAGCUGGCGUUCAGUCCUUUGGAAGGUACCAAGAUGACAGUUAACAAUCUGCAUCCUCGAGUCACAGAGGAAGACAUUGUUGAGUUAUUCUGUGUGUGUGGUGCCCUGAAACGAGCCCGUCUGGUGCACCCUGGAGUGGCUGAGGUAGUAUUUGUGAAGAAAGAAGAUGCUAUCACAGCAUAUAAGAAAUACAACAACAGGUGCUUAGACGGUCAACCAAUGAAAUGCAAUCUUCAUAUGAAUGGGAAUGUGAUCACCUCAGACCAGCCUAUACUGCUCCGAUUGAGCGAUACCCCUUCAGUAAAGAAGGAAGGGGAACCACGCCGGUCAAGUGCAAGCGCCUCCUCAAAUCCCCCAGCUGAAGUGGACCCUGACACGAUCUUGAAGGCACUCUUCAAAUCUUCAGGGGUCUCUGCCUCUGUGCAGCCCACAGAAUUCAAAAUCAAACUCUGAGAAGGGGGAGCAAGAAGUGGACUGGAAACCCAUUAUGUUGGGGAAAGAAAAGUGCAGGAGUGCAGAUGUUACUUGCAUUUGCCUGCCUUGACAUUUUUUGUUUUCUAUGAUCACUACCUUACUGUACAAUAGUGUUCCCUCUUGUGUGUGUGCUUUCUGUUUUCAUAGUUGGAGUUUUCUUCCAUGAUUUUAUUUUUUUUUCCCCAAAAAAUAACCUCCCCUUUCUGCCAAUACUGAAUUACCAAGCAUAUACCAUGUAACUCCAUCCUUUACUCCAAAGCCCCUAGUGGCCAUUAAAAGUGCACAUAGACUUUGAGGGAAGGAGUGGUGAUCUCCUUCUCUUUUCUUCUGACUGACCUUUAACUAGAAGGUGUAUCCCCUUGGUUAUCAGCAAGCAAGAGUACCACAUUAUGUCUGAAAUGGCUGCACUGGGUACAAAGUCAGAUAUGGCUCUGUACAGGAAGCACUGUUUUGCAUCUUUGACAUGCUUUUGGUGGCAUACUACUUGAUUCUGGCUGUUGGUCAUUUUUCUGAUCAGCAGCUGUAACUGCGAAGUGUGAAAAACUCAGCCUCCUACUGUGUAUAGCAGCCAACAGAGGCAUAAGGCAGAGACAUGCACAAGUCCUAUACCUGUUGCCCCUACUGGAAGGGGGGUUUACAUCUACAGCAAGGUGGGGAGUGGGGAAAGGCUGGCGUUUGUACAAUGAACAUAUUAGUCCUGUAGGGUCAGGGUCAGUUGCUCUUUUCUGGACUGAAAAAUAAGAAUCAAUCCUGUGUUCAGAGCUAGAAGUCCAAGUGUUUCAUUCCCAUUAGACUGUAUUACAUCCUCCUGCUGAUGCAGGGUUGUGAUUUGAUUUUAUUUUUUUUCCCCCUUCCCUUGCUUUCUAACUUACCCAAUCUCCUAUAAAAAAGGAGGAGCUGGGGCCAUUUUCAGAUGCUAAAACAUAGGAAGCAGUCUUUUCCUGCACCUGAGAACUCACUUUGGGAGAUGUCAUUUGAGCAAUGUUUGGCAGCUGUGUGGGCUCACAUGCCUGAAUUUGGAGGAUGCUUGCAGCACUUCAUGACUUCAGAGAGCAUUUUUGAAGAGAAAAGCAGGUAGCAGUCUAAGGAACACAAGGGAGAAGAGCCUUAAGCAAAUCCCAUGCAGAGCAGCGAGGGUGUACCCUGGGCCAGUGAGCAUCUGUGGGGAGCCGCAGGCCACUAGGUGGCACUUCCAACACUUCCUUUUGUUAUUACAGCGUAAUUGCCGUGGAUGUUUGAAGUCCCAGUAGCUCCAUUCGUUUGUAUUUGUUCAAAUUGUAUUGUAAGAGAGGAAAGCUGAGAGCCACUUCCAGGACGCAGUUGGGGUUUGAACUUGAUCCUUCUAGCUGGGAGGUCAAUCCAUUCUCUUCAGCUCUGCUGAGCUUCAGUGACCUCUGUAACCAUUGUAGGUCCGGAUUUCAUUUCUUGCAAUCAAUCCUAUGUUUCUUUUGCUUUCUCGUUCUGUAUUAACUCUUUGCACUUAUCUAGCUCAUGCAAAUCAUUCCUUUAUCUCACUGUAUCACUUUUAGCCAUUGAAAUAACUGAGGACUUGGCAGGACUUGUCUUUUUUUUUUCCAAAGAGUACUCUCUUUGGUUUGGAAGCCACCAACACCAUUAUUGCUAUGGUGCUUCAUGUGAACAACAGAUGUUUGUAGGGGAGGGUACCUCAGACAGCCAUGGUUCUCCUUUUUUAGAUUGCCCAUCAAACACUUGUGUUUUAAUUAAGAAAAUGAAAAUCAAAUGGGGGAGGGGGAGGAAACAUUAGGGGUUGGAGAAAAUAAUGUAUUACCUGUUUCUGAAUAAACGUUUGUUAUACAGA